AUGUCACGACACAACCGCACGAGCAUUGAUGAGACAAUACCAUCCUCUGAAUGGCAGGUCGACUUUGAUAAUACAACAUGCGCUGAUUUGGCAUUGUCGACCUACACCCAAGCGGAUAGCUUCAACCUCUCCGAAAAUAUAAAUCCUUGUACUACUUCUGAUAGUAUGAUCUCGAGAGGCGGUACAUCUCUUUCUGGCUCACGAGUUAAAAACAAGACACAGCGUUGGGCUCAUGAGAAUAAGAAGACAAGGGAUAAGAAAUAUCAUCAGCAAACAGAAGAAAAAGAGGAAGUUGGAACUAUCUUCGUAAAAGUGACGAUAUUGAAUUUAGAGAAAGAUAAAUCCGAUCGAGAAAACAUCAAUAUCCAUCUGAUCAAUGAAAGAGACCUGAUUAGCAGUACUUCGAUUCAGAGUGAAUUAUCUUCACAAGCUACUAUAGAGAAUCUGGUAAUUGUUAAUAAAUCGGUAUCAACUACAUGUGCAGAAUUGGAAGUUGAGAAUAGACGAUUGAGAAAUACAAUACAAUGGUAUGGGUUCGAUUGUUCGAAUAUGAUUGAUACGUUGAAAAGUAUCAGUAAGAAUUUUCAAAUGUCAGUACAAGAACAAGAUAAGCGAACUCAGUCGAGGAUAGAGUACCUGGAAUCGCUCGCGAGGGAAUUGCAAAAGUAG